AAUUAGGAAAUGUAAAAAGGCUUAGCUUUAUUAUUGACUAUAUAUAUAGUCACUUGUGUAGAUCCAAGUAUGGUAUAAUUGAGUACUGAGAAAAUUGAUGAACUUUCUUAGAGUAAUUUAGGAAGAUUCAUAAUUGAGAUGGCUUAAACUCAUGCAGAAAUGAGAGGACCAUUAGGUAAGAAUGAGUAAAUAAGUUAAAAGAUGAUUUAGUAACAGCAAUAGGAGAUUUAGAAAAUGAAUUGACAGUUGAAUUGCAAUAAUUAGAAGAUGAUUUUACUAGAUCAACAAAUUAACAUUAAAUCACUUAAGAAAACUUAGACAUUAAUAUAGGUUAAACAGAAAUAAACAUUUUUAAUUAAAAAGACUUUAUUGAUGCUAUAUUGUUACCAAGCAUAGAUUAAACAAAUUAAAAGAUAGAUAGAUUGAAUGGUUUUAUGAAUGAUAAUAGAGAUUCAUUAUCAAGGGAAACAUUAAGUAGAUAGAAUUAACAUUAAGCUUAUCUUGAUAGAGGUAUAAUAAAUAAAAAAAGUAUAGUGAGUGAACAUUAAGGUGCAAUAAGUGCAGUAGAUGAAGCCUUAUAAUUAAUCAAUUCAUUAAUUAAUGGAAAUAUAGCAUUUACUGAAAAAGCAACAAUCCAUUAAGCUGUAAAGAGAGUAAACAAUAAGAUUGCAAAAACAAGCACAAUUCAUCCAGUUAUUGAAGCCUUACUUUAAUUAACAUAGAAUUUUUCAGAUUAAGGAUAAGCUAAAAAGAUUAGAGAUUUAUUAUAAGAUACAAGAAAUUAAUUGGUUGCUAGUUUAAAUUAAGUAAUAUUUAUUGAUUUAAUUUUAAAUUAGGAAAAUGCUGAUGAAUAAUAAAUAGAAGAAACUUGGACUUAAAGAUAGAAGACUUUAAAUACUGAAUACUAAGAAUUUAAGAGAUCUCUUCUUGAAGCUACUUAUGUUUUGGCUGCUUAUUAAAGUAAAUAAUUAUAUAUAUUUAGAUAAAUUAAAAUCAACUCAAGAAGCAUUAGCAUAAAAUGAACUUGAUUUAUAAAAUUACAAUGAAUCUUUAUGUAAUUAUUUAUAUUAUACUUUUAUUAGAAUAAGAUAAAGAUGCCUAAGCUUAAGAGACUUAAAUUUAUAAUGAAUUGAAAGCUUAAUAUUAAAUUCAACUCUAAACUACUAGAAAUGCUAAAGAUUUUGUAAACUCUGCAGAAUUUAGUACAGUUAUUAGAAACAAAUUAAAUUAAGGGGGAUUGGUUUGAUUUAGUGAGA